UAUGGCGGCGCCCAUACAGCCCACCGCGUCGUGGGCGCCCACCGGGGUUCCCCGCGGCUGUCGCCGCCGCCUGCGCCGCGGCCUCCGCCUUCCCGCCCCGCGUGGGGCCGGGCGCCGUUUGCCCCCUGCCUCCCUGUGCGCUGCGGUCAUGUAGGAAAUUAUAAAUGAUGUGAAGAUGGGACUCCUGGUGUUUGUGCGCAAUCUGCUGCUAGCCCUCUGCCUCUUUCUGGUACUGGGAUUUUUAUAUUAUUCUGCCUGGAAGCUACAUUUACUCCAGUGGGAAGACUCCAAUUCAAUGAUUCUUUCCUUUGACUCCGCUGGACAAACACUAGGCGCAGAGUAUGAUCGGUUGGGUUUCCUCCUGAAGCUGGACUCUAAACUGCCUGCUGAGUUAGCCACCAAGUACGCAAACUUUUCAGAGGGAGCCUGCAAGCCUGGAUAUGCUUCAGCCCUGAUGACUGCCAUCUUUCCCCGGUAAGUGCUCCUGUUUUCUCAGCUGCCUGGACAGCUUGGUCCAUGGCCCAGGAGUCAGAAACCUGGCCUCUCACAAUGCAUCAUGUUCUCCUGAGGAAACAAGAUUCUGUUGUCAUACCAUGGAAGCUAGGUAUCCACAAAACACACACACGCCACAGAGCCUUGUUUCAUUUAUUUCUGUUUGAUAUAGUCAAUUAUUUAAAAUGAUCCCAGAACUAGAGCUUCUGAGACCUUUAUAAUUUCCUGAGUGACAAGCACACAGAUUAUAUAAAUGACCAACAAACAUCUGAAAAGAUGCUUAGCAUCACUAAUUAGGGAAAUGCAAAUUAAAACCACAGUGAGAUACCCAUUAGAAUGACUAGUAUUCAAAAAUAGAAAAUUACAAGUGCUGGUAAGAACAUAGAAAAAUUACAACCUUUGUGUACUGUUGGUGAGAAAAGUAAAAUGGUAUAGCCACUAUGGAAAAGAGUAUGACAGUUUCUUUAAAAGAUUGAUAGUAGGAUUACCAUAUGAUCCAACAGUUCUUCUACUGGUUAACUACCCAAAGUAAUUGAAAGAAGGAAGUGAAAGAAAUAAUUUGUACACCCAAGUUCAUAGCAGCAUUUCUCAUAAAUUGCCAAAAGUUAGAAACAGCCCAAGUGUCCAUUAGCAAAAUGUGGUAUAUAUUAUAGUGGAAUAUUUUUCAGUCUGAAAAAGGAAGGAAAUUCUGACAAAUUACAUGAGUGAACCUUGAUGACAUUAUUCUAAAUGAAAUAACCCAGUCACAGAUGGACAGAUUUUGUAUGAUUCUACUCAUAUGAGGUGCUUAGAAUAGUCAAAUUCAUAGAGACAGAAAGUAGAAUAGUGGCUGCCAUAUGCUGGGAGGAGGAGGAAUAGGGA